UUAAAUUGUGUGGGAUGGGUCCCAUAGAAACGUCGUAUCUGGUCGACCUCUUUGAGUCUUUGACCUUGGUCACUCGGCGAAGUUGUAUAAUCCCCGUCUGAAGCAGAACGUUCAAGCAAUCAAGCAGAAGCCAGAUUCUCCAGAGCAUAAGAAUCUCUUUGAAUUAGUCCGUUUAGAAUGGCGAUCGAACCGAAACAAGCGACUGAGGAUGUGAAGAUAGACCUGUUUGAGGAUGACGAUGAGUUUGAGGAGUUUGAGAUCAAUGAAGAGUGGGAGGACAAGAACGAAGCAAAUGAACCGCAGCAGUGGGAAGAUGAUUGGGAUGACGAUGAUGUCAAUGAUGACUUCUCACUGCAGUUGAGAAGGGAACUGGAGAGCAACAAUGAGAAGAAGUGAGCUGACUUAAUCACUUAGUUGCAGCUACAAGUUGUCCUUUCCAGAAAUUAUGCUUAUGCUUUUCAAACUUUCGUUGGUAUAUUCUAUAUAUUAACUUUAAAUUUGGAGGCUGCUAUUGCAUGGUCUUAUUGUGGUGGAAUGUUUUAGGCUAUUGAUUAAUUAAAGUAUCGUUAACUUCGCAUUGA